AUGGAAGACGUCUGGGAUUUUGAUACUAUUGAUGUUGAAGUAGACAAGGAUUUGAAGAAGCAAACCAAGAGAUGCAAUGAUGCAUUCUUGAACAACUUGUGUCCCGACAUAGCUGGUGAAGAAGGUGAUGACUUUGCAAUCCCUGAAAUUAAACAUAUCGACGACGAGGUUGACUUAAAUGAAUAUGAUGUGAUGGAGAAUGAAGAUCAUUUUGACUCAAUGCGAGAAGGAAGUGGGUCUGAUGAAGUAUAUGGGUAUGAUGAAGAAGUAUCAAGUGAAAGUGACCAAGAUUCUAAGCUUGAGUUUGAGUACAGCACCCACGAUCCAAAGGUUAAAUGGAACAAGAUGAGACCACUUCUAGGAGAGAGGUAUGAAUCACCCCAUCAACUAAAGUUAUGUUUAACUAACCAUGCUAUUUAUACUGGUUAUAAGAUAAAGUUCAAGAAAUGUGACAGUGUUAGGCUAGUUGCUGUAUGUGCUAGUGAUCCACAAAAAUUUCAAUGUCCAUUUAAUGUUAGGGCUUCGUGGAUGAACACAGAGAGGUCGUUUCAAAUUAAGAAACUUGUUGACAAACAUAGGUGUGUUAGGAAUUACAGAAAUACCAACCUUAUGGGUCCAACAUGGUUAGGAAACCAGUUUCUGAAAGAACUGAUUAGGAAGCUCCAGUUGAAGUGUAAGGAAAUGCAGGUAAUUAUCCAAAGCAGAUUCCACCGCAAUGUGUCCUGGUCAAAGUUCUAUAGAGCAAAGUGUAGGGCCAUGUCUUUGAUAGAAGGGAGAUUGAGUGACCACUAUGCUAAACUAUGGGAUUGUGGUGGUGAGCUGUUGAGAUGA